AUGCUCCCGCUGCGACCUGAGCCCGAGCAGCCACCGUUGCUGAGUCGCAUCGUCGGACUUCCCCCACCACCGCCACCCCGGUCACCUACACUUGUCCUACCUCAGCGCCGUCCCCUACCGCAACAGCGUCGCGACAACCUUGAUAAUAAGGGGUUUAAUAAGAGAUCUCCACUAGAGAAAGCCCGACAUCUCGACAACCUUCCCUCCUAUCAGGCUCAAAGACUCCUCGAAGGUUCACAUCAGCUCCGCAUCGACGCGCACCACGUCGGAGCCCCCGGCCACGGAGCCGGUGGAGGUCACGGUCACAAGAAAGAGUUCGGCCCGGCGAUGAUUUUGUAUUAUUUGGCCUCGGCCUUCCGAGCCCUCUAUCCCCGACUCGACGAUGAUUUUGUCGACAAACUCAACUAUUAUUACACUACCACGAUUCUUGCCUCGUUCGCCUUGUUGGUCUCGGCAAAGCAGUAUGUCGGUUUCCCUAUCCAAUGUUGGGUACCGGCCACUUUCACCGACGCCAUGGAGCAGUACACCGAAAACUAUUGCUGGGUCCAAAAUACGUAUUGGGUGCCAAUGCAGGAGGACAUUCCACGUGAAAUCUACUCGCGAAGAAAUCGACAAAUUGGCUACUACCAAUGGGUGCCCUUUAUCCUGGCCAUCGAGGCGCUAUUAUUCUAUGUGCCAUGCAUUUUGUGGCGAGGGUUGCUGUACUGGCACUCUGGGAUCAACCUGCAAGGGCUUGUCCAGAUGGCUUGUGACGCCAGGUUGAUGGACCAGGAAGUGAAGAGUAGAACUGUUUACACGAUGGCCAGACACAUGGAGGAUGAGUUGACCCAAAUCGAACGAUCCUCCCACUCUCGAACAUGCUUCUCCUCGAUACAACUUGGUGCCCAAUGUGGUCGACAUUGUGGCUGUUACGUCACAAUGCUCUAUAUUGGAAUCAAGGUCCUCUACUCGGCAAAUGUUCUUCUCCAAUUCUUCCUCCUCAACCACUUGUUAGGCGCCAACGAUUUGGCUUAUGGAUUUAGUUUAUUGAAGGAUUUAAUGCACGAAGUGGAAUGGGAGCAGACAGGAAUGUUCCCCCGAGUAACACUAUGUGACUUUGAAGUCCGAGUGUUGGGUAAUAUCCAUCGACAUACAGUCCAAUGCGUGUUGAUGAUCAACAUGUUCAACGAGAAAAUUUUCCUCUUUUUAUGGUUCUGGUUCCUGACCGUUGGCAUCAUCACCGUCUCGAACACCGUGUAUUGGAUGUUGAUUAUGUUUAUCCCUAGCCAAGGAAUGUCUUUCAUUAGGAAAUAUCUUCGUGUCCUCGCCGAUCAUCCAGCCAAACCGGUAGCUGAUGACGUAACGCUGAGGAAGUUUACGAACAACUUCUUGAGGAAGGAUGGAGUGUUUAUGCUGCGUAUGAUUAGUACACAUGCCGGCGAAUUGAUGAGCAGCGAGCUAAUCCUCGCUUUAUGGCAAGAUUUCAACAAUGUCGACCGUUCCCCACAGCAAUUCUGGGACGCCGAACAUGCACAAUCGGCUAUUGAC